AUGAUAUUCCAACAAGCUACAUCAGAUCAAAGAGAGCUGUAUGGUGGUGCUAUACAUGCCACAGUUCCAAUUAGAUUCAUUGACGUCGCACAAAUCAGAAGGAUACCAGACCACCAAGAGUUAUUGGUAGAUGAUAAGACCGACCAAAGUAUUAUCAUAGAGCUAUUGGAGAGACAGGAACACGUACCAGAUGACCAAAGCAUUCAAUUCCACUUCAAUGUCGUCGCUGAUGAAUCAGACGUUGCUCCAGACAAGAGACUGAUACUCAAUCAGCGGCAACUGACCUCCGCCGACAUGCCUCAUUUCGCCAACUCUGUACCCAAGUACAUACUGAAAGCAAGACAAAUGGUUGCCAAGUUCAACGAGACAGCAGAGAACACAGUCAAUGUAUAUAUGGCAAUUAUAAGACUAGAGAGAUGCAAGACUGAUCUCCUCAUCACAUACAACGAGCCAGUACUUUUGGCACCAAACAGCAGCAGUGUCAAUGCAGUUGGAGGCACAGUCCCAUCCACAAGCGAACAUGAUGCUGAGCAACUUUUCAUUCGACUGCUAUCAUCAAUCAAGAUCGUGGACUACUCAUUGUUCCAGAAUCAAUAG